AGGAGGCGGGCAGGGUCAGUGCUCCUACUCCGCUGGAAGGCUAUGGCGGCGAGCACGGAGACCAUGUCCCCGGACUGGGAGUUUGAUCGCUAUGAUGACGGCUCUCAGAAGAUUCAUGCAGAGGUUCAGCUAAAAAACUAUGGAAAGUUUCUUGAAGAGUAUACCUCUCAGCUUCGGCGAAUUGAAAACGCUCUGGAUGAUUCUAUAGGGGAUGUGUGGGAUUUCAAUCUGGAUCCAAUAGCCUUAAAGCUUGUGCCCUAUGAACAGUCUAGCCUUCUGGAGCUCAUACGAACGGAAAACAAGGUUUUGAAUAAAGUCAUCACUGUGUACGCAGCCUUGUGUUGUGAGAUCAAGAAGUUGAAGUAUGAGGCUGAAACAAAGUUCUAUAAUGGCCUUUUAUUCUACGGAGAAGGUGCUGCUGAGUCCAGCAUGGUGGAAGGAGAUUCCCAAAUCCAAAUGGGAAGAUUUUUUUCAUUCUUACAGGAACUUUCCUGUUUUGUUAAUCGGUGUUAUGAAGUAGUAAUGAAUGUCGUCCAUCAAUUGGCAGCCUUAUAUACGGGCAGCAGAAAUGAACCAAAGAUGAUAGAGACCACUGGAGUUCACUUUCUGCCUAUGUAUGAACACCUGGGCGAGCUCUUGACUGUCUUGUUAACCCUGGAUGAAAUUAUUGAAAAUCACGCCACACUGAAGGAUCACUGGACCAUGUAUAAAAGGUUGCUGAAAUCAGUCCAUCAUAACCCUGUCAAAUUUGGAAUACAGGAAGAUAAACUGAAGCCGUUCGAGAAACUUCUGUUAAAGCUUGAGAGCCACUUGCUUGAUGGCAUGCUAUUCCAGGGAUGUGUUGAGCAGCAGUUUGACUCUACAAAUGGAGGAGUUUCUGUGUCAAAGAAUGGAACUUUUGCAGAAGAGUUUGCACACAACAUUCGAACAAUAUUCUCGAAUGUAGAACUUAAACUUGGGGAAGCUUCUGAAAUGGAGCAGCGCGAACGAUAUGUAGGGCUGUGUGGCCUCUAUGUUCUUUACUUCCAAAUCUUUCGCACUGUGGACAAGAAAUUUUACAAAUCUCUCCUGGAUGUCUGCAAAAAGGUACCAGCAAUCACUUUGACAGCCAAUGUAAUUUGGUAUGCGGAUAGUUUCCUGAUACAGAAGGUUCCAGCUGCCGCCAAACAAUUGGACCGGAAGAGCUUACAUUCUAUUAAAGCGCAAAGGGAAAGCUAUCUACAAACAAGGGCUCAAUCCUUAGCCAAAGAUGUCCAGUCAUACUAUGUGUUUGUCAGUUCUUGGAUGAUGAAAAUGGAAGCCAUUUUGGCAAAAGAACAGAAAGUCGACAAAUUUGCGGAGGAUUUGACCAGUAGAUGUAAUAUAUUUGUACAGGGCUUCCUAUAUGCAUGUGGCCUUAGCAACAUCAUCAAAACCACUAUGAACUUGUAUAUGUCUAUGCAGAAGCCAAUGACCAAAACAUCUGUGAAAUCAUUAUGUAGACUUGUAGAGCUUCUCAAGGCGAUAGAACACACUUUCCACAGAAGAAGUAUGGUGGUUGCAGAUUCUGUUUCCCACAUUACUCAACACUUGCAGCAUCAAGCGCUUACUGCCAUCGCUGUUGCCAAGAAAAGAGUAAUCUCCGACAAGAAAUACAGUGAGAAGAGGUUAGACGUCCUGUCGGCACUUGUGUUAGCAGAAAAUACACUCAAUGGACCAAGUACACGGCAGAGGAGGCUCGUUGUUUCCCUGGCAUUAAGUGUAGGAACACAGAUGAAAACCUUUAAAGAUGAAGAACUUCUCCCACUUCUCAUUGUUUUGAAGAAGUUGGAUCUUAUUAGUGAGCUGAGGGAAAGAGUCCGGGCCCAAUGUGACUGCUGUUUCCUGUACUGGCACCGAGCAGUGUUCCCCAUCUAUUUGGACGAUUUGUAUGAGCAUGCCGUGGAUGCAUCCAGAAUACAUUUUAUGUUCAGUGCGUUGUGGAGCUGUGUCCCAUCCAUGAUGUAUUCCAGACAUUUAGACUCCUACAAGUUAUUACUGCAGUGCUAUGACAAGGAAAUCAUGGAUGUAUUGACAGAGCACCUGUUGGACAAGUUGUGUAAAGAGAUAGAGAAAGAUCUGCGUCUGUCGGUCCAUACUCACCUUAAGCUCGAUGAGAGGAAUCCUUUCAAAGUCGGCAUGAAGGAUUUGGCAUACUUCUUUUCAUUAAAACCCAUUCGCUUUUUCGACCGGUUUAUUGACAUCAAAGCCUAUGUGACACACUAUCUGGAUAAAACAUUUUAUAAUCUCACAACGGUUGCUCUCCAUGAUUGGGCCACCUACAGUGAAAUGCGAAACUUGGCCACCCAGCGAUAUGGUUUGACGAUGACAGAGCCUCAUUUACCAAGUCAGACAUUAGAACAGGGUUUAGAUGUUCUGGAAAUAAUGAGGAAUAUCCAUGUGUUUGUAUCCCGCUACCUGUACAACCUCAAUAAUCAGAUCUUCGUGGAGAGGACCAGCAAUAACAAGCAUCUGAACACCAUCAACAUCCGACAUAUCGCCAAUUCCAUCCGAACGCAUGGCACAGGGAUCAUGAGUACAACUGUAAACUUCACAUACCAGUUCCUAAGGAAGAAGUUCUAUAUUUUUAGUCAGUUUAUGUACGAUGAGCAUAUCAAGUCCCGACUGAUCAAGGACAUUCGUUAUUUCAGAGAAGUUAAAGAUCAAAAUGAUCAAAAGUAUCCUUUUGAAAGGGCGGAAAAGUUUAACCGUGGAAUACGGAAGUUGGGUCUUACACCUGAUGGGCAAAGCUACCUAGAUCAAUUCCGACAACUUAUAAGCCAAAUAGGAAAUGCUAUGGGCUAUGUCAGGAUGAUACGAUCUGGUGGGCUUCACUGCUGCAGCAAUGCAAUCAGAUUUGUUCCAGAUCUGGAAGAUAUAGUGAAUUUUGAAGAGCUGGUUAAGGAAGAGGGACUGUCGGAAGAAACCCAGAAGGCUGCAAGACAGCUGGAUUCGGUUCUAACAGACCUUACACGCAACUCCGCAGAAGGUACAGAAUACUUCAAAAUGCUGGUGGAUGUGUUUGCCCCUGAGUUCCGCAGCACAAAGAAUAUUCAUCUUAGGAACUUCUACAGCAUUGUUCCACCUCUGACGUUAAAUUUUGUUGAGCACUCCAUUAGCUGUAAGGAAAAGCUGAACAAGAAGAAUAAAGUUGGAGCUGCGUUUACAGAUGAUGGCUUUGCAAUGGGGGUCGCCUACAUCCUUAAGCUUUUGGACCAGUACCAGGAGUUUGAUUCUCUGCACUGGUUUCAGUCUGUAAGAGAAAAGUAUAUGAAGGAGAAAAGGGCGGUCUCUAAGCAGCAAAACGUGCAGUCAGCCAAUCAGGACGAAAAGCUACUUCAGACCAUGAACUUAACCCAGAAGAGGCUGGAAAUAUAUCUUCAGGAAUUUGAAUUCCUGUAUUUCUCACUAAGCAGUGCAAGAAUAUUCUUUAGAGCUGACAAAACCGCCGCUGAAGAAAACCAGGAAAAGAAAGAAAAGGAAGAAACGUCGAAACUGAGCACUGGAAACCUGCCAAGUAAUUCUACAUCCUCAGACUCUGUCAUGAAAUGAAGAUACCCAAUAGAAUUACAUAGAAGCUAUUCAUACACCAUGCGGUUCUAGUGUUCUCCUCUCAGAGACCUGAAGGAUUUUCUUUUCAUCCAUUGGGGUUACCUUUCAGAAAACUGGAAAACGGACAAUGCACUUCACUUGUGAUACCCGAGCACCCUGAUCCAACUGGAUCGAAAGAAAAUGGAAAUUAAGACGUCUGUGAGUGGACUGGAAAGAAUGCUUGCACAAUAUAUAAUGAAGGAUAACCAUGAUCGGCGAUUGUGUGAAUAGAUCCAUAAAUAUGUUUGAACAGAGAAUGUUCUGGAUCAGUAUCCAGAGCUUAGAUAAAACAAAACUGGAGGUAGUUUGAGAAACAAAAGAAUUCCACAGAUGCAUAUUUUUCUUUAUUGUAAAUUGACAAACCAACGUUUGAUGACCGGAUGGAUGAUCUGAGUGUGUAUAGAUGUAUAAAGGCACACCUUUCGUUUUGUACAUCACUUGAGUAUUGUACAUGUCCUAACAACAAAUGUAAAAAUGUAUAAAAUAUACAUUAAUUCAAACUGUCAGGUGUCCGUUCUUAUCUAACUGCCUGCAUACAUAGAGGGCAAAUGUAAUAGCUAAGGGAGCAGAUUAUACAUGUAACAGAUGCAAUAUAUUCUCCUAUUCAGUCCACUCCCUUUAUUUUAUAGAAAAAAACAAGAUAAUCUUUAUUUUCUUUUAGUUUUCAUAAUAAAAACGGAAGUUAUAUAAACCGU